AAAAACUCAGAGAGGAUUCCCCCAUCACUGGUGUAGCAACAUGGCAAGUAAAGACUCAGAGGAUGCAUCCAGGGACACGAGCUUUGACAACCAGAGCACCGGACUCAUGGCGAGGAUCCGGAAAUUCAACCAUAAGGACAUUUUCAGCUGGCAGUUGGCCAAGACGUUGGCAAUGGGUCAGGGCCUGGCUGGGCUCGUCUGUGGGACGGCCAUCACCUCCCAGUACCUGGCCACAAACUUCCAUGUGAACACCCCCAUGCUGCAGAGCUUCAUGAACUACACCCUGCUUUGUGUCACCUACACAACCAUGCUGCUCUGCAGAACAGGGGAUGGCAAUGUUUUACAGAUUCUGAAGAGCAGAUGGUGGAAGUACCUUCUACUGGGGCUGGUGGACGUGGAAGCCAAUUAUGCUGUGGUUAAAGCGUACCAGUACACCACCCUCACCAGUGUACAGUUGCUGGACUGCUUUGUGGUCCCAGUCCUAAUGAUCCUGUCCUGGUGGGUUUUGAAGAUACGCUACAGGCCAGUUCACUAUGUAGCAGUCUGCAUCUGUCUCCUCGGGGUGGGGGCCAUGGUCGGGGCUGACCUGCUGGCUGGACGAGACCAGGGCUCCACCUCAAACAUCUUGUUAGGUGAUGGUUUGGUGCUGCUCAGUGCUACGCUGUACGCUGUGUCUAAUGUGUGUCAGGAAUACACAGUGAAGAACCUGAGCAGAGUGGAGUUCCUGGGCAUGGUCGGCCUGUUUGGCACAAUCAUCAGCACCAUACAGAUGGUGAUCCUGGAACGCAAUGAAAUCGCCAACAUUCAGUGGAACUGGCAAGUCGGGCUCCUGUUCUCUGGCUUUGCGUUGUGUAUGUACACUCUGUACAGCUGUAUGCCCGUUGUGAUCAAGCUAAGCAGUGCCACCUCUGUCAACUUGUCCCUGCUCACUGCUGACCUCUUCAGCCUCUUCUGUGGGAUCUUUGUCUUCCAGUACAAUUUUUCUGGACUCUACCUGGUCUCACUGGUGGUCAUCCUCAUCGGCUUCAUCACCUUCAACGCUGUGCCAACACCCACAGAUUCCACAGACCCCACCACCUCCUCUUCCUCUUCCAUCUGUGAGGAGGGAAGCUAUGACAAUCCUGUGGCCUCUCACAGUGAAAUCACCAAGCAGGAAGUUACUGUGGAGAUCAGCACUGAGGAGGAAGAGGAUGAUGAAGAGGAGCAGCAGGGGGAUGGAGAAAAGGAGGUAUGGGACGAAGAGGAGAGGGGGAGGAAGAAGAGAGCUUCAGGGCCAUCAGGGAGCCUUGGAGGAGGGAACGAUGAUAUUGUUGCUGUUGGACACAGCACUAAAAUGUGA